AUGGGUUGUGCUGCCAGCAUUGUUCUGCUUCAAGCCUUUCGUUCUGUGGUACAGAGGAACUGUCCACAUAUUUGUAGACGACGACAAGAGGAAUUGUCACAUGAAAUUCUGCCACUGGAUAGUGAUGAUGAAAUGAACAGACCUAGAACCCUCACCGUAAUGCAGGAGAAACCCAAACUUUUGGAGCCCUUGGAUUAUGAAACUGUCAUCACAGAGAUUGAAAGAAAUAUUGGGGACGACCCUCUUAAAGAUCUCAUUACGUUUCCUAACGAUGACUUUUCAACAGACACAAUUGCAUGGGAAAUGAGAACUCUAUACCCAUCUGUACCUGAAGAUGCAGAACAAAAUGUAGAAAAUUUAUUCGUUAAAGAGGCUUGUAAAUAUUACAAUUCUCAGUGGCAUGUUGUGACCUACAAAUAUGAAAAGUAUUCAGGAGAUUUUCGACAUUUACCACAAAAUGAAUAUAGACCAGAGAAAUUGCCUUCACAUUCCUUUGAAAUUGAUCAUGAAGAUGUUGAUAAAGAUGAAGAUACCACAUCCCACUCGUCUUCAAAAGGUGGCGGCGGUGGUGGAGGAUUUGGAACAGGAAUUUUCAAGUCUGGCUGGCUUUAUAAAGGGAAUUUUAACAGUACUGUAAACAAUAGCAUUACUGUUCGGUCAUUCAAAAAGCGCUACUUCCAGUUGACACAGUUGUCGGAUAACUCAUACAUUAUGAAUUUUUACAAAGAUGAGAAAAUAUCAAAGGAACCAAAGGGAUGUAUAUUUUUGGAUUCCUGUACGGGGGUUGUGCAGAAUAGCAGGCUUAGGAAACAUGCCUUUGAGCUGAAAAUGAAUGACCUGACAUACUUUGUGCUGGCAGCUGAAAAUGAGCAGGAUAUGGAUGACUGGAUUUCCACUCUCAACAAAAUCCUGCAAAUAAAUCCGGAGGGGACCAUUCAGGAGAGGAAAAGCGCAGAUCUCACAGAUAUUAAAUUUGAUUAUGCAGACGUUUCAGAGAAUUAUGAUUGCCCACAAGAGGAGACUGAUUCUUCGGAGAACACCUUACACCCAGACUUCGCAAAAUACAUCAUGGAAACAGAAGAAACAGUGAAAGCUUCUCGAAAUAUGGAACGACUAAAUCUGUUCUCCCUAGAUCCUGAUAUAACUGCCUCAAAUCUUCAGAAAAAGGAGUUUCCAGGAACAGAUUCAGUGAUCAAACCAUUUGAGGAAAAGGAUGCAAAGAGGAUCAUGAUAACUUGUAAAUCCCUCAGUUUGAAUCUUCAGGCUUGUGUGACUGAGAACGAAAACGAUCCUAUAACCAAUAUUGAGCCUUUUUUUGUGAGCGUGGCUCUGUUUGAUAUCAGAGACAACAGGAAAAUCUCUGCUGAUUUUCAUGUGGAUCUGAACCACACCCUUGUUACACAGAUGGUUUUAGGUUCCUCAUCUUCAUUGGAAAAUGGCAAUAUUGAAACAAUGGACACGAGUGAAGAAGAACCACCAGUGGUCAAGGGAUUUCCAGAGACAUGGUUGAAGUAUCCAAAACAGGCUCUUUUCUCCAUAAGUAACCCCCAUUCUGAGAUUGUUUUGGUGGCAAGAAUAGAAAAGGUGCUCAUGGGAAAUAUUGCCAGCAGUGCUGAACCUUACAUUAAGAAUCCAGACUCUAAUAAGUGUGCUCAAAAAGUGUUAAAAUCCAACAAACAGUUCUGCAGCAAGCUGGGGAAAUACCGUAUGCCAUUUGCUUGGUCAGUGAGACCAGUGUUUAAGGAUAAUCAGGGAAAUGUUGACAGAGACUCCCGAUUUUCACCAUUGUUCAGGCAAGAAAGUAGCAAGAUUUCAACUGAAGAUUUGAUUAAAUUAAUAGCAGAAUACAGAAGAGCAGAGAAGAUUAGCAAAAUACAGACCAUACCUGGCAACCUAGACAUUGCAGUAAAUUGUUUCCCUUUGGAACACCCAAAUUGUGUAACAUCAUCUUUUAUCCCAAUCAAGCCAUUUGAUAAUACAGAGGAGCAUCAACCUACGGUGGAAGUGGAGGAAUUUGUACAAGAAUCAACAAAAUAUUCCCGGCCUUAUAGAGUGUAUAAGAACCAAAUAUACAUCUAUCCAAAACAUCUCAAGUACGAUAGCCAAAAAUGCUUCAGCAAGGCACGGAACAUAACAGUGUGUAUUGAAGUUAAAAGUUCAGAUGAAGAAGGAGCCAAGCCAAUGAAGUGUAUUUAUGGGAAGCCUGGCGGACCAUUAUUUACCACAGCAGCCUACACAGCAGUGCUACAUCAUUCACAGAAUCCUGAUUUCUAUGAUGAGGUGAAAAUUGAGCUUCCCACUCAACUCCAUAAGAAACACCACAUUCUGUUUUCAUUUUAUCAUGUCACCUGUGACAUAAAUGCAAAAGCUAAUGCCAAAAAGAAAGAGGCUCUGGAAACACCAGUUGGAUAUGCUUGGCUUCCUUUAUUGAAAGAUGCCCAGUUAGCUUCUCAAGAACAUAACAUUCCAGUGACAACCUGUUUGCCUCCCAGUUACUUAAGCCUUCAAGAUCCUGCAAAUGGAAAGCAGAGUGGAAGUGACAUUAAGUGGGUAGACAGUGGGAAGCUGCUUUUCAAAGUGUCUUCAUUUGUUGUAUCGACUGUAAAUACUCAGGAUCCAUAUCUGAAUACCUUUUUCCAGCAGUGCCAAAAAAGAGAAAUGGAUCUCUCCCAGCCUCUUACCUCAAGCUUUGUCAUGUCCUGUAAGAAUUUACUGAAAAUUGAGAAGAUCCAUGUAAUUAUGAAUUUUCUUCCUGUGAUCCUGAAUCAACUCUUUUGGGUUCUGGUACAAAACGACGUGGAUGAGGUUACCACUGCUGUGACAAGGGUUCUUACUGACAUUGUUGCCAAGUGCCAUGAAGAGCAACUAGAAUACUGUGUCCAUUCGUAUGUAAAGUAUGUGUUCAAGACCAAGUCAUUUGAAGAAAGGACUGUUCAUGAGGAGCUCGCCAAGAACGUGACUGGUCUUUUGAAAUCAAAUGAUCAAGUAACAGUGAAACACGUUUUAAAGCAUUCCUGGUUCUUCUUUGCAAUUAUCUUAAAAUCAGUGGCACAGCACUUGGUUGAUACAAACAGAACACAGAUUCCUCGAACUGAGAGACUUCCAGAAUCAUUCCAGGCUGAACUAGACAUACUGAUAAUGAACUUGUCCGACCAUGUGGUUUGGAAAUACAAAGAUGCUCCUGAAGAAACAAAAAAUGCAAACCACAGCAUUGCCAGAUUCCUUAAGCGCUGUUUUACGUUUAUGGAUCGUGGAUUUGUAUUUAAGAUGGUCAACAGCUAUGUAAGCAUGUUCAGCUCAGGGGACCACAAGAUUUUAUAUCAGUACAAAUUUGACUUUCUUCAAGAAGUUUGUCAUCAUGAACACUUUAUUCCUCUGUGCCUGCCCAUACGAUCUGCAAACAUUCCAGACUCUGUGACACCUUCAGAAUCAACGCAGGAAUAUCAUGCAUCAGAUAUUCCAGAAUACACCCUGACCAAUGAAUUUUGCCAUAAACAUUUCUUAAUUGGGUUGCUGCUUCGGGAAGUUGGCUAUGCACUGCAAGAGGACCAGGAUAUUAGGCACUUAGCUUUGGCUGUACUUAAAAACCUAAUGGCAAAACAUUCAUUUGAUGAUCGAUAUGCAGAUCAGGAUAAACAGGCACAAAUAGCAAAUCUGUACAUGCCUCUCUAUGGCAUGCUUUUGGACAAUCUGCCAAGGAUUUACAUGAAGGAUAUUUUUCCUUUCAAUAUAAAUACAUCCAAUCAGGGAUCUAGGGAUGACUUGAGCACUGCGGGAGGACUUCAGAGUCAAACAGCAAUGAAACAUGCAAACUCUGUGGAUACAUCUUUUUCCAAAGAUGUCCUGAACUCUAUAGCAGCCUUUUCAUCAAUAGCUAUCUCUGCAGCAAACCAUGCUGACUCCAGAGCUUCCUUAGCAAGUCUUGAGUCUAACCCAAGUACCAAUGAAAAAAACAGUGAGAGAACUGACACCUGUGAAAAGAUUGCGAGACCUUUGUCUUUGAUUGGAUCAACUCUUCGCUUCGACAAGUUAGAUCAGGCUGAAACUAGAAGCCUUCUUAUGUGUUUCCUUCACAUUAUGAAAACAAUUUCAGAAGAUACAUUGAUUUCCUACUGGCAGAGAGCUCCAUUCACAGAGAUAGCGGACUUCUUCGGUAUUUUAGAGGUUUGCCUGCAAAAUUUCAGAUAUCUAGGAAAACGAAAUAUAAUAAGGAAAAUAGCUGCUGCCUUUAAGUUUGCUCAGGCCACCCAGAAUAAUGGUACGCUUAAAGGAUCUAACUCAUCUUGUCAGACAUCUGGUAUACUGCCGCAAUGGAUGCAUUCUACUUCCAGUCAUGAUGGCCACAAACAUCACAGAUCUCAAACAUUACCAAUAAUCCGUGGCAAAAAUGCAUUUUCCAACCCCAAACUCUUGCAAAUGAUAGACAGCAGCAUGGCAAGCAGCUCCAAUGACACAGACAUUGUACACUACGCAGACACAGAGGCAAAUAUUGCCACAGAGGUUUGCCUCACCAUUCUUGACCUACUGUGUCUUUUCACUCAGAACCACCAGAGACAACUCCAGCAAUCUGAUUGCCAGAAUGCACUGAUGAAAAAGGUCUUUGAUACCUACCUGCUCUUUUUGCAAGUCAACCAGUCGGCAGUAGCCCUCAAGCAUGUCUUUGCUGCCUUGCGGUUGUUUGUGAGCAAGUUUCCUUCAGCGUUUUUUCAAGGGCAAGCAGACAUGUGUGGAUCAUUCUGCUAUGAAAUCCUGAAAUGCUGUAACCAUAGGUCACGGUCAACUCAAACAGAGGCAUCUGCUCUUCUUUAUUUUUUCAUGAGAAAGAACUUUGAAUUUAACAAGCAGAAAUCAAUAGUCAGGUCCCAUCUACAGCUCAUCAAAGCUGUAAGCCAAUUGAUCGCAGAUGCAGGGAUUGGUGGAUCUCGGUUUCAACAUUCCCUUGCAAUUAUAAAUAAUUUUGCUAAUGGAGACAAGCAGAUGAAAAACAGUCCCUUUCCAGCAGAGGUGAAAGACCUGACCAAACGCAUCAGGACAGUUUUAAUGGCCACAGCUCAGAUGAAGGAACAUGAGAAAGACCCAGAGAUGCUUGUAGACCUACAGUACAGCCUAGCAAACUCAUAUGCCAGUACACCUGAAUUACGAAGGACUUGGCUAGAAAGCAUGGCCAAGAUUCAUGCUAGAAAUGGAGAUUUAUCAGAGGCUGCUAUGUGCUAUAUCCAUAUAGCUGCCCUCAUUGCAGAAUACCUGAAAAGAAAGGGUUACUGGAAAAUGGAAAAGAUUUGUACCUCACGUAUGCUCCUGGAAGAUGUUCAAGUCUCUGAUAGUAAUCUGUUACUAACUACUCACAAUGGAGGAAGCUUAUUUUCCAUGGGAUGGCCAGCUUUUCUAAAUAUUACCCCAAACAUUAAAGAAGAAGGAGCUAUGAAAGAAGAUUCGGGAAUGCAAGAUACUCCAUAUAAUGAGAAUAUCCUUGUGAAGCAGCUGGAGUUGUGUGUUGAAUACCUGUGGAAGUCUGAAAGAUAUGAACUGAUUGCUGGAGUUAACAAGCCUAUCAUUGCUGUAUUUGAGAAACAAAGAGAUUUUAAAAGACUGUCAGAUCUGUACUAUGACAUCCAUCGAUCAUAUCUGAAGGUCGCAGAAGUAGUGAAUUCUGAGAAACGUUUAUUUGGGCGAUACUAUCGUGUUGCUUUUUAUGGGCAGGGCUUUUUUGAAGAAGAGGAAGGUAAAGAGUAUAUCUAUAAAGAACCCAAGUUAACAGGGCUGUCUGAGAUCUCGCAGAGACUGCUCAAACUUUAUGCAGAUAAGUUUGGAGCAGACAAUGUGAAGAUGAUCCAAGAUUCCAACAAGGUCAACCCCAAAGACUUGGAUCCAAAAUACGCCUAUAUCCAGGUCACAUAUGUCACGCCUUUCUUUGACGAGAAGGAGGCUGAAGACAGGAAGACUGACUUUGAAAUGCAUCACAACAUCAACCAUUUUGUAUUUGAAACGCCUUUCACGCUGUCAGGAAAAAAACACGGAGGGGUAGAAGAGCAAUGCAAGAGACGCACAAUCCUGACAACCAGUCAUUUAUUUCCGUACGUGAAGAAGCGUAUUCAAGUCAUAAGCCAAACAAGUACAGAACUGAACCCUAUUGAAGUAGCUAUUGAUGAGAUGUCCAAAAAGGUUUCAGAACUUAAACAGCUUUGCACAAUGGAAGAAGUGGACAUGAUUAGACUGCAACUCAAACUUCAAGGAAGUGUCAGCGUCAAGGUAAAUGCAGGACCAAUGGCAUACGCCCGAGCUUUUCUUGAAGAAACAAAUGCUAAGAAGUAUCCUGAUAACCAAGUCAAACUUCUGAAGGAAAUCUUCAGGCAGUUUGCAGAAGCAUGUGGGCUUGCUCUUGAAGUUAACAAACGCCUUAUUAAAGAGGACCAGUUAGAAUAUCAAGAAGAAAUGAAGUCUCAUUAUAAGGAUAUGCUCAGCGAGCUCUCUGCAGUCAUGAAUGAACAGAUUAUCCACAAGGAGGAUUCAGCAAAGCCACAAGGAAUGGAACGAACCUAUUCACGAACCUUCAGUAGAACAAACACAGCCCCGCCAGGAGCAGUGAUAUCAAAUCCGGACAUUUGACUGAAACAUCUUUGACUUUAUGCAUACCUCUGGAGGACAUUUUUUUUUAAGUGUAAAGUGAUCAUGAACAAUACAGUGAAAAUGGAUUGUGCGAUAUGGUUUUAAUUUAUUGGAAGUCUUCACAGUGAUAAUAUUUUUUAAAACUGCUAGCUUGAUUUUU